AUGAUGUGUAUAUACACCGACGUUCUGACUUUCGACUCUCCAGAAACGAUCCUCGCCCCCACGGCAGACAGCAUGCUUGUCCUGGCUGCGCGGGUCCUGACUGCCGAGGCCCCCGUGACCCUGAAGGUCCACCCUGCCUUGUACAUCCAUCCUGAACCAACCAGUGACGGCCCAGAGACGAAUCACGCCCGGGCGGCGAUCACCGUCCAGACAGACAGCAUCAGCAUUGAGUACUAUCAGCAGGACUUCGACAAGCAGGAUAAGAUGUUCGAAGCCACUCUGGCGACCCAGUUACGAAACGCACAAGCUCUGUUCUGGCAGAAGCCUUCCAUCACUAUAUCGCUGUGUGCGGACAGGGCCACUGCGACGGCCCGUCCCGCGCUUUACCCGGCGCUAAAUGCGCAGGCGGCUGCCCUGAGCCAGCAGUCAUGA